AUGCUCUAAAAAUAACAUUUAACUAAUUUUUUAGAAUUAACAAUAAUAAUAAUAGGUAUAAAUGAGACUAAAGAACUAUAGAUAUAAUAUUCUAUUGAAGAACAUGAUUGUAUCAUGUAAUUUACAUGCUUUAAUCAAGCAUGCAAAUAAAAUAGAAUUUAUUGUUUCAAUUUUCUUCGAAAUGGAUAUCAUGUUUCUCAUCCAAAAGAUCAAUAUGAUUUAAAUAAAUUUAUUGAAUUUUCUGAUCAAAUCAGGAAAGAUUGUGAAGAUUUAAUAUAAAGAUUAUGUUUGGAAAUAGGAAAUAUUAAAAAAAUAUUAAUUUAACUUAAUUAAGGAUUGAGGAUUAAAUAUCAAUUAUAAAAAGAAAGAAUUUUUAAAUUGGAUGCAAAGUAAUUGAAUUAAACUUUUGACGAAAUGUUUAAAUAUAAUGAAAUUACUUAAAUUUUACUAGAUGAUGUAAAAUAAUGUUCGAAUGUCAUGAUAAUUUAAUUAAAAAAAUAAACUAUAGAAUUGAAACUUUACUUUAAUAGAAUUGAUAGAUCCAUUUUAAAUUAUUUAUUAACUAUAGAGGAUUUAUUAUAAUUAAUUAACCUAGAAAGAAUCAGAACAAGCAGAAUAAUUAUUUUAAACAGGUAUUACAAAUAUUUAAUUAGGAUUUCAAUUAUAUUAGUAUGAUGAAAAAUAUGAAGAAGCAAUACAAUUAAUUGAUAAUGCAUUACUAAUUAAUCCUAGUCAUUAAUAAUCAUUACAUACGAAAGGUAUAAAAGCUAUAGAUAAAUAUAUUAGCUGACAGUCUAAGUUUAAUUAUUUUUAAACUUUUAAAUGUAAGAAUGCUUAAUCAGUAUAGUAUAGUGUUUACUUAAAAGAUAUUCCCAAAAAGGAUAAAUAAAUCAAAUUUUAAACUUAUAAAGAAAAACUGGGUUACAAUAUAAUUUUAUUAAUUGA